CGAGUCUCCCCGCGGGGCGGGGGGCGGGGGCGCAAAGGGGUGUGAGGGAAGGAAGCGCCAGCGCGGGGAGAGGAGGAUGUUGCUAUGCGUGUUGCCCCUACCAGUGCGGCGCACGGAGCGGGGAGCAGCGGCCACACCGAGGAGGAGGAGAAGGACGGGGAGGAGGAGGAGCAGGAGCAGGCGCCGGCAAACAGAGGGGUUCGCUUUUGCCGCUGUUGCCUCACACUUUGCAGACCAGAUUUUGUUUCCAGAUUGUUUCGGAGGAGCUGGUGUGAGCGGCACACACACACACACACACCUCCCUCCGAUUGUUCCUACCCCCGUCCUCCGUGAGGUCCCCGCCACGACAGCCAUUCAAUCAGCUGCUGCUGCUGGCUGGAGCGGUGUGACUUGCGGAGGGUGUGUGUGUACCUCUGUGUUUUCACCGGAGAGGAGUCCGAUGUAGCUGCUCCCGGUGCUCAGGAGGAGGUGGGGGGGAGCUGCGAAGGACCGAUCCGGGCACCGAGCAGCCUUUGCAAGCCUAGGCUGGGCGGCAGGCAGGAGACGACCCCCGCUGCCGCUGCUGCUGCUGCUGCUGCGCCCGUGGAGGGGGCUCGGAUCCCUCUGUUGCCUGCCUCGUUUUCUCCACUCACCGGAUGAAAAUGUUGAGUCCCGCUAACGGAGACCAGCUGCAGCUCGUGAACUAUGUGGAGGAUUAUUUGGACUCCAUCGAGUCCCUGCCCUUCGAUCUGCAGAGAAACGUCUCCCUGAUGAGGGAGAUUGACGCCAAAUAUCAAGAGAUCUUAAAGGAGCUGGAUGAUUAUUAUGAAAAGUUCAAACGAGAGACAGAUGCAGUGCAGAAGAGAAGACUGUUGCAUUGCAUACAGAGAGCAUUGAUCAGGAGUCAGGAGCUGGGAGAUGAAAAAAUCCAAAUUGUCAGCCAGAUGGUGGAGCUCGUUGAGAAUAGAACCAGACAAGUGGAUGGUCACGUGGAACUAUUUGAGACUUGUCAAGAGACUAACGACACUACUGGGAACAGUGGCAAAGCCAGUCAGGAUAAGUCAAAGAGUGAGACAGUCACUCAGGCAGAAAAGCCCAACAACAAGAGGUCAAGGCGGCAAAGGAAUAAUGAAAAUCGAGAAAAUGCUUCUAAUAAUCACGAUCACGAUGACAUCACCUCAGGAACUCCAAAAGAGAAGAAAGCAAAAACAUCCAAGAAAAAGAAGCGCUCCAAGGCAAAAGCAGAGAGAGAAGCUUCUCCAGCAGAUCUUCCUAUUGAUCCCAAUGAGCCAACAUACUGCUUGUGUAAUCAAGUCUCCUACGGAGAAAUGAUAGGAUGUGAUAAUGACGAGUGUCCAAUUGAGUGGUUUCAUUUCUCAUGUGUGGGACUGAAUCAUAAACCAAAGGGUAAAUGGUAUUGCCCCAAAUGUAGAGGAGAAAACGAGAAAACCAUGGACAAGGCACUGGAGAAAUCAAAAAAAGAAAGGGCCUACAACAGGUAGUUUGGAGACUUUUAAUAGCAAAGAAAACUAAAACCACCAAACCAGUGUAUUUAUUGUCGGUGUCACCUUUGUGGAGGUGCCAGGAUUGUAAAAUGUAUAUUUUUAAAGGAGGUUAGAAACUGAACCAUUCCUGUUAUAGGGACGGCAAUAAGACCGAUUUUGUUUUUCAUUUGGUACAGCUAUAAACAAGAAAGUGGUCCGUGGACCAACAUUUAACAAUAAACAAAGUAAUAAAAGUUUAAGUGUAAUAGUGUUCAGCUGGGUCUUAAGAGAAAAGAAUACUUGUUUGUGUGUGCUUGUAGCACUGUACCCAUUAAAAUUUCAAUUACAAUAUUUCUUGAACAUAAUUUCAUUUUUCUUCAUAAGGGAAUGUUAUUUACCUUUUGAGCAAAUUGUCAAAUAGUAUUGCCAUCCGGCUGCAUUUGAAUAAAGCUACAGUACCUUGCAAAUUAAAUUUCUUUCAUUGACAACCAGUACAAGAAUUAACAGAACAAAGGUAAAAAAUCCAGUUCCUGCUACAAAGUGUGUCAGUAUAACAGUUUAAUAACAAAUGUUGAAAUAGGGUUAGAAGAUUAUUUUUUAAAAAAAGUAAAUGGUUGACUUUUACAUGACAAAUAUUUUAUAUACUGGCCAGGUACCACAAGGGCCAUUUUAAAAUGAUUCAGUACAUUUUAUAUUUAACCAGGAAGUGGUUUAGUAAUGAAACUUAACAUAAAACAAGCUUUAUACUGUCACAGAUAAUAAUGUAGCAAUCUUUAAUUUGUAUAAGUUGUAUAAAUGUACAUUUUUAAGUGGAGUUGCACUUACUGUAUUAUAAUUGGAAAUGCAGCCAAAUGCCAUUGGUUAACCAAUGCGCAUUUCCUUCUGUAUGUAUGAAAACUGUACAGCUGUGAUAUUAAGAAAUAAAUGAAACAA